AUGAAUGUUCUCCACGAAGCACUUAUACGGGAACUUAUACGGCAGAAUCUGGAGGAAUUUGAUGUUGGAAUCAGACAUCUGGAAGACGAAUUCACUUCUGGAAGUGGUUACCAUUCCGAUCUAUCCAUCAACAGCAAUGUGACUUCUUCUUCUUCAAGCGAUGAUCAACAAUAUUAUUUGUAUCGGGAUGACGGAGUGGAGACUGUCGAUGAGGUGUUCGAAACAGACGAGGAAGAUAUUAUUGAUCGAAUGAAUAGACUGGAACGUGGCAUAGCCGGUGCUGAAAGCGACUCGCCAGACAGUCUCGAUGAUCACGAGUCACAUGACGGAUCCAUGCAGGUGUCGUCUAUUUGGAGUAAUGAAUUCACGUCCGAUGACGAGUAUCAAGACGAACUUAUCUCUUUCAAUCCACUAGACGAUCACGAUUCUGGAUACGAUGCUGACGAGGAGGAUGAGGAUGGAAACCCAGAUGAACAUUUUGUUCUUAACAUUUUGCUCUGA